UUGGGUGGAACUAUUUGCCAAUGGGUUUGGGAAGAAAAAUAGACCCAGAGCCAGGUAGGUGCAGAAGAACAGAUGGAAAGAAAUGGAGGUGCUCAAAAGAGGCAUACCCAGAAUCAAAGUACUGUGAGAGGCACAUGCAUAGAGGGAAAAACCGUUCAAGAAAGCCUGUGGAAGUUUUGAAAACAACACCAACACCAACACCAACAAACAUAAAUGCUUCAACAACACCAACAAUCUUAUCAAUCACAAAAAAUAGCCCUUCACUAACCCCAACCACUCAUUCUCUCUCACCUCUUACAUCGGUGUCCUCUCAUGACUCUUACCAUCAUCACCCUCAGCACUCCUUCCUCUAUCAUCCACCACCUUCAAGGCCAUCAUCAUCUGGUAUUGGUUUAUCAUUUCAAGACAACAAUGUUCCCUUGUUUCUUGACACUGGUUCUUGCUCUCAUAAUAACACUGACUGCAGGAACAGGUAUGUAUAUGGACUCAAAGAGGAGGUGGAUGAGCACGCUUUCUUCACUGAACCUUCUGGAACUAUGAGAAGCUUCUCUGCUUCCUCUAUGGAUGAUUCUUGGCAACUCACACCACUGACUAUAAGCUCCUCAUCGUCUUCAAAACAGAGGAGUUGCUCUGGCUUAUCCAACGACAACAAUGAGUACUCUUACUUGCAACUUCAGAGCCUCAAUGACAACUCAAAACAACCACAGCAAGAUCAUGGUUGCUACAUAUCAGGCAGUGAUAUCAAAUGUGAAACAUUCAUGAAACUUGGGAAAGAAGAGCCUCAAAAGACCGUUCAUCGAUUCUUCGAUGAAUGGCCACCCAAAAGCCGAGGCUCGUGGCUUGAUUUGGAUGAUAAAUCAUCCACCACCCAGCUUUCAAUUUCCAUUCCCACAUCUACUCAUGAUUUUACAGCUUUUAGUUCCUCAACCCAACAAGAUGGUUGAGCUUAGCUUUCAAUAAUGGGUGCAUGUACUUGACUCAAAGGCCAAUA